AGAGCAGAAAGCUGGAGGGCAGUUGGCGAACGACUGCGUUGGCACGCGGUGCUUUCGCAUUUCAAUACGAAUAUUGGCUGCCGGUAUCAAGGUCAAGCGACGACGAUAGCUUCGAUCGAAGCUAUUGAAGUGGUCGUAAGCGACGACACUUCGAAAUACACGAAUUACGUCGGUUAGAUCGUCGCCUACAGCAUGCAAGUACGGACGUGUUGGAUAAGGAUCGCGAAGAGAACCAUGAGGUUCAUAGCAGCCAUCGCCGGGUAUUUCCUGAUCUUCGUUCUGCCAGAUAUCGAAGCACACCUGGAGAUCAAACGGAGUAUAGACCUGAACGACGUUUACUUGCCCAAAGUAAGCCAACGCAGAUUACCAACAGAAGUAGUGCCGACCAGCUAUCACCUGGAACUUCAACCUUUUAUCGGGAAUGACAAAUUCAAAGGUCGAGUUAAGAUCAAUGUCACUUGGUUAGAUACCAGUGACAUAAUUGUUUUAAAUGCUCAUCCACAUCUUGAAAUCACGAAAUACAAUGUUAGGAUCACGGAGGCAUCGUUGGAAGAAAGGGAAAAGGGCCUGCCACUGAUGGCUGUAAACGUUGCGAGAGUCAGUCGUCGUUCUUCGUGGCCAUCUAGCUACGCGAUUCACCUGGAACAGAUGCUAAAGAAAGGCACCAGCUGUGAAGUGGAUCUCACCUUCACUGGAAAUCUCACCACCAACGAUACCAGCAGUUUCUUCAAACGCGAAUAUACCGACAGCAGUGGACAAAAGCAUCCCUUCCUGGCUACCAACUUCAGAUUGGACAACGCGCAAACUGUUUUUCCUUGUAUGGAUGAGCCUCCUUACAAAGCGACCUUCAAACUCAGCGUUCAGCGUCCGAAGAACAUGACUGCUCGUUCAAACACUCCCCUGGAAAGUAGCAUAGAAACGACCGAUGAGCCGGAUUUAGUCUGGGAUCACUUUACCAAGACACCGCAAAUGUCAACGUACCAAUUAGCUUUGAUAAUAUCGGACUUUGAGAGCAUCUCGCCUACUCAGGAAAUCAAUGAAAUGGAUGGGAGAAAGGUCGAGAUUAAAGUGUGGGGUCGAAAGGAAUACUUGGACUCCCUAAAAAGCAUACCCGACAAGGUUGUCUGGAUCAUGAACUAUUUACAGGAUUACUUCAACAGCUCGAUUGUUUUACCAAAACUCGACUUGGUAGCCGUUCCUUCGUACGGUGCUACCAAAGCAUCUGACAGUUGGGGCUUGAUGUUCUUCAAGGAAAGUGAACUGAGUAGUCCGUCCAUUUGGGACACAGCUUAUGAAUUAAUUUAUCAAUGGAUCGGUCAAUAUAUCACACCAUUCCGUUGGAGCGAUGCACCUGUUAACAAAGCACUUAAUUCAUUCCUAGCUUCAAUGACGACGGUGAACCUGAAUCCGGACGAAAUGGAAGGGAAAUGGCCACUGACUAUGCUAUAUUCCCUUUAUUAUGAAUUUGCAAAGAUUGAACCUUUCGGAAGGGUCGUUGGUAUCAGAAACGAAGCUACAUCAUCGAAAACGGAGCUGGUAUUCCGGAUGUUCAAUUACACUCUCGGCAAAGAUUUAUUCCAGAAAGGCGUUAGAAAUUUUAUACAACAAAAUUCGGAAGAGAAUCUACGAACCUUCUUUGCAGAUGACAUUUAUAGCCGAUUAAACGAUGUCGCGGCUGAAACGGAGAUUUUGCCAAAAGGCUUGACAGUCAACUCAAUCGCGGGACCGUGGACCAAUCGAGAUAGAGUACCAUUGGUCACUGUUAUUCGCAAUUAUGAAACUCAAACAAUUACACUUAGCCAAAAAGUCUACCUCAGGGAAGCUCCACGAGCCUCCACUCCUAAAGUUUCUUAUGAAUGGGAUAUACCAGUAGUGAUGAUUUCCCAAGAAAAAUUGAAUAUUCAAGAGUCUUGUCUCCUAUGGCUGACGAAAGGAAAUAAAAUGAAGAAUGUGACAGAUAUCGCUAACGAAAACCAGUUUAUCAUUGUCAAUCCAGAGGAAAUAGGUAUGUUUCCGGUAAACUAUGACUCCUGUAACUGGAAAAUGUUAUCACAGUAUUUGCAAAGUCCAGACCGAGAAAAGAUUCCUGUUUUGACCAGAGCAAAACUCCUUCAUGAUUCUUGGAAUUUAGCAUAUUCUGGAGAACUAUGCUUCAAAAUUGCUUUAAAUAUGACUCUCUUUUUGAAAGAAGAAAGGAGUCACGUCGUAUGGGAACCAGUCUUUAUGAUGAUCGAUCACGUUGGUAGACGUAUCGAGGGAUCUCAUGUACACUCCAAAUUCGAGGCAUACAUACGUACCUUGUUGAAGCCUCUAUAUGAAGAACUCAGUAGAACUGUAGAACCAAAUGAACCAUCUUGGAAAACUCAUAUGCGAGGAAUGGCAAAAAAUUUCCUUUGUCGUGUUGGAUAUGAACCAUGCGUUAACGAAGCGAGGGAUCAGUACAAAAAGUGGCUGACUGAUAAGGAACCAGAUAAAGGAAAUCCAGUUGCCAAUGAAUUUAUUUGCCCAGUAUUUAAGUGGGGUUCUGAAGAAGAAUGGGAAUUUGGACUUCAACGUGUUAUAAAUUUCCCUCAGAAUAGUCCAGAAAGAAAACAAAAUGAACGUACAUAUCUUUUGAAAUCCUUAGCUGGUUGUCCAAAAGAUACAUAUAAAAUUGAAAGAUUAUUAAAUGUAACAUUUCUUGAUCAGAAUGGAAAUUUUACUGACUCAGACAUCCAACUGAUUUUUAUUACAUUAAGUGGUGGAGCAGCUGGUUACACAACUCUCUUCAACUUUUUAACUGAAAACUGGGAUAUGGUGAAACCGAGAUUUGAAGAUAAAAAGCCUCUUUUGUACCACAUAGUAAAAUCUGCAACUUCCCCGUUUAGCAAUCAAAAGGGUUUGGAUAUAGUUCGUAAAUUGUAUGAAAGUCAUUCAGAAGAACUUCCACCAGAGCUUAUGAACCAAAAACCUUACACGAUGGAAAUAAGAGAAUGGAGUAAAAAGAAUCUUCCAGUAAUUGAUACUUGGCUUAUGGAAAAUUUGCCAAGAGAAGAAUUGGAAGCCAUUAAAGCUUAUCCGGUUACCACUACUAUGGCUCCUACCAUGGAAUAAUUAGAAAAAGUAAACUCAUAAUUGGAAAUUGAACAAAAGUACUAACAAUUUAGAAAUGUAAAAAAGUUUUUUAAUUUCUGGAGUAUUUACAAGCUAUAUCAUGAACCAGUAACAUACUGCUUGGUUUAAAAAUAUAAAUAACUUGUUGACUUCAGCAAUAACAUGCCUUCUAACAAGAUGGCUUCUAGCAAUAAGAUUAAAAAUUAUUCUAAUAAUUAUAAAUACAACUAUAAUGUAAAAUUGUUUAAAAAACCGGAUUUAAUGAUUGUUAAUAAUUUGGAUUUAAUAAUGUAUCAUUGUAAUUUAUAUUUUCUUUAUUUAUUAUAGGUACAAAGCUUUUAUUAAUGUAUAAUUGCUACUACAUAUGUAUUUAAGUUUGAGUAAAUAGUGCAAUUACAUAAAUU